AAUCUCAAAUAUCAGUCGUGUGCGUGCUUCGAACGAGUGAGGGUUGUGGUGUCGUGCCUUCGAGGACUUCGAAAAAAUUCUUUUUAAAACGAACGAAGAUAAACAGAUAAUAUUUUUGAAAAAUGUUACCAUCACCAAGCAACACGUGGCAAUCAACGUAUUAUUACAAUUCCGAUAAUAAUUACGCUUAUUAUCGAUCGACUGCUAUCAAUUUGGAAGAUGCAAAGAAAUCGAUUAAACCAGCAAGAACGUUAAAGUUCGUACCACGAAGCAGCAGUACUCGAAACUUUUCACCCCAAAGGAAAGUUGUUCCACGAACGAUCCGUUUAACGGAAUAUCAGGAAGCUGUACUUGAGGAUCAAUUUAAAAGAUGGCCACGGGCACCUCACACAGGUGAUAUUGUUCUGUUGGCAGCUGAAACAGGUCUAUCCGAAGACGAUGUCCAGGAUUGGUACGCUAUAAGAUUGGCUCAAUGGAGAAAGGAACAAGGUCUUGGUGGAAAUUUAGGAUUGCACUGAUGCUUGUUUUGAAACAUGUCAAAGGGAUGAAAUCAUUCGCGUACCUGAAAUAGAAGUAUAUAAUGAUCUUUAUCAUUUAUUAUAAAUAACAUAAUCAUUGAUAUAUGUGAGAUCGGAAAAAGUACAGGUUUGCAUUGAAAAAUGAAUAUCAAUAUAA